UUUUGAGUUUUGAAACUUUACGGCUCACCCAAACAAAAAAGCUUAUUACAGUAUCUUCUUUUAAAAUUUACCGAGAGAGAAAAGGAAGAGACAAGCCAGGAUCCGCCAUAGCUGUACAGAUCCCCACACUCAUAAAGAAGCCUAAUCAUGCCUCCAGGUGCUAAGAAAAGGAAAGCUGCUAAGAAAAAGCAGCAACAACAAGAAGCAUCUUCUCCUCAAACCAAUCUCAUACCCACCAACCAUGAAUCGAGGGAAGAAGAUGCUGUCAGGGUUGAAAAGGAACUUGGAUUGGAUACUGAUGAGCGCAUAGAGAUCACUGAUUCAAGCCGUGACCAUGACAAGAACGCUAGCAGUAGCAGUAGUAGCAGCAGCAGCAGUUCCGAUGAUGAAUCCAGUGAAGUUAAGAAGAUAGAUGAUGAUAAGGAGACUGGUGAAUCUGUUUCUGAAGUUGUUAAUGUGAGUUCUGUGCCAAAUCAACCUAUUCCAAUAGCUGGAGAUGCUCCUUUUAUGGGGACAACUGCUAAUGUGAUUGUAGAGAGUGUUGGUUUGAUGGAUUCAACUACUCCUAGUGAUGCAAACACUGAAAAAAUGAUAGAAAUCAAGCCUGCUGAUACAAUGAUCCCAACCAAGAAUGAUGAGAGUUCUUUGCCUAAACCAAACGAGGGAGAAACUUCGACUCCUCUAGAACCCAACAAUGUUCCUCAAGGCAGCAAGGAGUCUGAAGCGACUAUUUCUCAUGAGGAAGAGGCUACCGUGCUACCAACACAUGGAGUUGCGCAAAGAACCUCAUGGUUAAGUUGUUGUGGCUUAUUUGAUGUGGUCACAGGAUCCAGUAGAUAAAUUCCGAAACAGAGUUUCCUUCAUGAACUCAGAAGUGAUAUCACAGCUAAGGAUCCUCAGUUACCUGUGAAAACUCAUGUCUCUCUUCCAUUGAAGAACACAAAACACACAUUUGUCUAAAAUGCAAGAGUACUCAGCUUCUAGUAGUCUUCAAAGCAGGCUUUUCUGUAGUUUCUGUUCUUUAUAUAAGUCCUUAACUUCCGAUAUGUACGAUUCCUUGUCUGUUGUCGUUUUUGUUCUCUCAGGUUCUGAGACUUGUUGUUGGCCAAUUUAUGUAUGAUUAUUUCUCUAGAAACGAGCGAAUAAUAUAUAUUUAUUUAACAACAGGGUUUCAGAAACUAUAUUGCUUGAUUUCUAUAAAGCAAUACUAGAUUCUAGAAAAACACAAAUGGUCCAAGAACACUAAAAGUUCAGAAUGAUUGAAUCGUCUUAGUUCUUAUAUCUGCUCCUAUAAUUAAUGCCUCUACCUGGGACAGAGACUUCCACAGUCAUAGCAAACUGAAACGGUUCAUUAAUCCGCAGAGACCGAUCUGGAAACCAUUGCUUCAAUAUCUCUGCUAGCCGCAGCUCUACCUUCAUCAAAACUUUGAUAAAUUUCAUCAAGAUCCUCAGAAAUUUCACCUCUUCUAAAAGCUGCUAGCUUCCGCUCUAUCUUCAUCAGCACUCUUUGGCAGUUUCCAAACUGAUAGUCAAAAUAAGAAAGCUUGAGUCUUUCACAUACCACAGACAAUCUGUGCCAAGACAAUGCAUUACAUAGGAAAGUGACAUCUCUU